AUGUGUUUGGUGUUCGUAUGCGAUGAGGAUGAAAGGAUGAUAUCUAGGCAACCAGCACCAGGGUCGUGUCCGUACUGUGGAGGGAUGAUACAUGCCAUAGACGUUAAGAGUCAAUGGAGGUUCUGUUUCCUGCCUCUGUAUAUUAGGACCAAGAAAAAGUACUAUUGUAGUAUGUGUGCUAGGUGUUUGGUCAUCAAAUACUAAGAUUGUUUGUAGAUCAAAGCGACGAAGAAAGUGGUUCUCUCCUUAUCAGAACAAUUGGAGACCGAUCUCAGAUGGGUUAGCUUGAUGAUUAAUGACUACUACUUUAAUUUGUUUG